AUGACGCGUGCGACCGACAAUCGACAGCACCAGAUCGCUCAGGGGCUCGCCUUUUUGAGCCAGUACCGAGCGAUCAAGGGGAGGUGUCAAGAGGUCGAGUACAACUUCGGUCGUGUCUUUCAUCUGCUAGGUGAGUGCUUUCCUACUCUGAGACGCGAAAGUAUCGGUACUAACGCUGUGCUUCGUCAUUGUAGGCCUUCAAUCUUAUGCGGUGAGACACUACGAGGCCUGUCUGGCGAUCGCGGCCGAGGACCGCAAGGCUCGGAUGCACCUCGAUGGUGAUGACGCGGAGGACGAGGACGGGCGAAGACGACUUUACGCGCGUCGCGGCAUACAACCUCUCGAACCUGUACAUGCUCUCGGGCGAGCCCGACCUAGCCAAGGUGAUCGCGCACAAGUGGCUGUCGUUUUGA